AUGCGCGUUUUGAUUGUAUUGUGUUUAGCGGCGGCAGCUAGUGCCGGUCGCUUGGGCUAUAACUACAGGCCCGGCAGCACGUCCGUUGCUACCGAUGGCAUUGGCAGCUCUGGCUCAAUUGGCACUGGCACUGGCCUGGGCGGGCCAGUGAGCUACAAUGCAGCACCACAAGCCGGCAUCCAUAAGGAAUUCUUCUCCUUCCAUGCCAACGAGGCCGAUUUUGAGGAUCCCGAUGCAGCACGCAAAAUAGCUGCCGCCGUAAAGAAGAGCGUGCGUGUUAUCUUCAUCAAGGCGCCCGAGAAUCGUGGCUACGAGAAUGCCGUCCUCGCCUUGGCCAAGCAAGCUGCCGAGCAGCAGACUGCCAUCUAUUUGCUUCACAGGCAACCUGACCUGAACGAACUGGCCAACAAGUUCAAUGCCGUGCGCCAGAAUGCCAACGCUAAGCCCGAGGUGCACUUCGUCAAGUACCGCACUCCAGAGGAUGCUGCCAACGCACAGAAGGCUAUUCAGAGCCAAUAUGACUCACUGGGCGGCACAAGCCAAAACAUCAACGGUGGCGUGGCCAAUGCUCUUAACUUUGCAUCCCGGUCAGCUGCGCCCGCCGUCAGCGCUGGACAAAUCCAGGAGCCAGAAAGCAACUACUUGCCGUCCUCAAUUCUGCGACGCUUGCGCCAUAAGUAG